AUGUCUCAUUUCUCUCAAAAUGCAUCUGACUCAGAUGAUGAAUGGGACGUGGAGCCUAUCAUUGAAUCUGUUGCAAUUCCGGGACCAAAUGCCUCAAAGGGAGACUUCAUGGAUGCACUCCAGGUGCUGCAAAUCCAGGUUCAGAAGCUCAUUGAGGAAAAUUGCACUCUUUGUGAGGAGAACAAGGUUCUCGUUGCCGAGAAGCCCAAAUGCAAACAUUGCACAGAAGCUUCCGACGAACUCCUGGCCCACGAGCAAACAAUAACACUUUAUGCCUGUAAAUACGGCAUGACUGUUGAAAUGUUCCCUAACACCAACCUUUUCAGCAAACAACAUCCUGAGAAUCCAACUCCAUUCAACAGCCAAGACCAGUACUUGACGGCAAUGACCCAGGAAUCAGCAUUUUUAGAUGAACUAUUUCAGCACUUUCCUGAUCGCUUACAUGGCAUCAUGGAAAGUUCAUACUUCAGUGAUCUCAUACGAGUAUACUUCAGCAAUACCCAGUACCGCAGAGCCGACAUCACAGAAAUACAGAAAAUGCUUGGAGUGUCAGCGACGAAUCCGAAGUACAAGACAUUUCCGCUGGUCCUGUUCCUUGGAAUGCAAGAGGACCCUACCUUGAAGACUGUGUUCGGAAACUGGAAACUUUUGGCUAAGAUUCUGAAGGCUGCACUUCGCGGUGUUACUUUGCUUCACCAAAAGACCACUGGAUCUAUUGUGUGGGCUGCCAUCAUUGCAAUCUUUUUGCUAUCACUCGAUACUGAAUUUCAGAAGUCAGGCACAGGAAAGUCCUCCAGCAUUAAUUACAAGGACCUGUUCUUUCACUACAAGAAACUCUUGCUCACCAACAAUGAGUCAGACAUAUCUGAACCUAUUCCAUCUUCUGCAGUCCAGGGUACCACUGCCUUUCAGUCCAACACUGUCGAGGUGGCACAGCCUCCUGCUGCUCUCAGCACUGUUUCAUCUCUUAGUACCACCUCCACUCUCAGUGCUACUUUCCGAGCUACUGUUCAUGCUGAUGCAGCAGUUCCAGCAGCUACUAAUACAGUUGUAGUACAGGAUGCAGAUGUGGAACGGCCACCAGCUCAAGGGAGAGGGAAGAGGAAGGGCCAGGGCAAAGAAGCCUGCAGCUACAGGUGUUCGACGCAGUAA